UUAGAAUUGUUCAGUCCAUUGGUUAUUUCUCUGUUCAUAAAAUGCAAUGAAUGAACUACAUUAAAAUCAGUAGUGAAUGAAACUUCACUUAUAUUACUGUUAUGGACUCAUUAUACUGGACUAUAUAGACUCAGGAUAAAAGUUCGAUUAUACUUUUUAUUUUUAAAGGAAAUCCCAUCAUAUUUCUCCGAAAGGCAAAGUGAGAACCAAUUAGAUCACAGCGCGGGACCUAGGAAUCAAACUGAUCUGCUCCUAUAAAUAAGGUCAGAAGCAGCACCAGCAGCAUAACACUCUCCUGCCAGUUUUCUGUUAGCCUCAUGGCUCGCACUAAGCAGACCGCUCGCAAGUCCACCGGCGGUAAGGCGCCGCGCAAGCAGCUCGCCACCAAGGCGGCCCGCAAGAGCGCGCCGGCCACCGGCGGCGUGAAGAAGCCCCACCGCUACCGGCCCGGCACGGUAGCUCUGCGAGAGAUCCGCCGCUACCAGAAGUCCACGGAGCUGCUGAUCCGCAAGCUGCCGUUCCAGCGGCUGGUGCGCGAGAUCGCACAGGACUUCAAGACCGACCUGCGCUUCCAAAGCUCGGCGGUGAUGGCGCUGCAGGAGGCGUGCGAGGCCUACCUGGUGGGGCUCUUCGAGGACACCAACCUGUGCGCCAUCCACGCCAAGCGCGUCACCAUUAUGCCCAAGGACAUCCAGCUUGCACGCCGGGUCCGCGGAGAGAGGGCAUAAUCCAAAGCUGCUGCUUUCUCUGUACUGAAAAAGGCUCUUUUCAGAGCCACCUACUAUGUCGAUAAGAACUGUUGUAAUGCUUUCCCUUAUUUUACCUCCCUAGGCAGUUAACCGGAGAAGGCGAUGGCACCCAACUCCAGUACUCUUGCCUGGAAA